AGCGGAUUGGAGGGGGAGGGGUGAUGGUGGGAGGGUAGGAGUUGAUCCUGGGAACUCCUCUGCCAGACAGAGACAAGGUUUUUGAGUCAGGAAGCAGGAGAUUGGACCGGAAAGACACAAGGGCCGGUGUCUCAGGCCCUUGACAAAGUACAGGAGGACCUGCUGUGGGGUUGUUGCAGAAGGCUGGCUCUGCCUCAGCCUCAGUUGACCCGGUUUGUUUUCUUGCCCUCUGGCUCUGCCCACUUCUGCUAUAGCUCCACCCCUGCCCCAGCUCCCUGCCCCACCCAUCCCUGAGGCCAGAGGAGAGAGGUGGGAGUCAGGGGUAGGUUGUGGGGUGGUGAGUAGAGAGUUGAUGGGGCACCUCUGAAGCAUACCCUGCCACCGUAGAUGCUUGGCUAUCAGCAGGGCCUCACUAAAAACAGACCACUAUGGGAUUGCUUUCUCCCCCAAACCAUACAUUCUUGGAAAGUCCCAGAACUAAGACCCAUCACUAAGUUUUCUUUCUAGAUGUCACAGCUUGGAAUAAUGUUUAAAAGAAUUUUAAUUUUUUAAAUCACUAGUGAUGGAAGAAACCUCAGUGUCUCAGGAUGUUGAGGAUGGCAUCAGGGAGGGCACGCUGUACCCGAAAGCUACGGAACUGGGUGGUGGAGCAAGUGGAGAGUGGAAAGUUCCCAGGAGUAUGUUGGGAUGAUCUGGCCAAGACCAUGUUCCGGAUUCCCUGGAAGCAUGCAGGCAAGCAGGACUUCCGGGAGGACCAGGACGCUGCCUUCUUCAAGGCCUGGGCCAUAUUUAAGGGAAAGUACAAGGAGGGGGACACAGAAGGCCCUGCUGCCUGGAAGACUCGCCUGCGCUGUGCCCUUAACAAGAGUCCUGAAUUUGAGGAGGUUUCUGAGAGGGGCCGUAUGGAUGUUGCUGAGCCCUACAAGGUGUACCGGCUGCUGCCACCAGGCACCUGUGCCCAACCAGGGACACAGAAAUCACCAUCAAAGCGACACCACAGUUCUGUGUCAUCUGAGAGAGUGGAGGAGGAGGAGGAGCCCAAAAAGAAGUCUGUACUCAGUACCUCCUUGCUUCCUGACCCCUUCGAUUAUACACCAUGUCUGCAGGAGGAGGUGGGGGCCAAAGGGGGAGCAGGCCACUCGGGCUUUGGGAGCAGCAGUGGUGGCAGCAGCGGUGGCAGCAGUGGCAGCAGCAGCAGCAGUGACAGCAGUCCUGAGCCACAGGAAGGAACAGACACAACUGACAGCCCCUGUCCAGAGGAUCAGGUGUACCUGGAGCUGCUGCCCCCUCCAGACUCAGACUACUCACUACUGCUCACCUUCAUCUACAACGGGCGUGUGGUAGGCGAGGCCCAGGUCCAAAGCCUGGACUGCCGCCUUGUGGCUGAGCCCUCGGGAUCCGAGAGCAGCAUGGAACAGGUGGUGUUUCCCAAGCCCGGGCCACAGGAGCCCACCCAGCGCCUGCUGAGUCAGCUCAAGAGAGGCGUCCUGGUGGCCAGCAACUCCCGAGGCCUCUUCGUACAGCGCCUUUGUCCCAUCCCCAUCUCCUGGAAUGCACCUGAGGCUCCUCCUGGGCCAGGCCCGCAUCUGCUGCCCAGCAACGAGUGUGUGGAGCUCUUCAAAACCUCCUGCUUCUGCAGAGACUUGGUCAAGUACUUCAAGGGCCAAGGGCCCCCACCCAAGUUCCAGGUAACACUGAAUUUCUGGGAGGAGAGCCCUGGCCCCAACCAGACCCCACAGAAUCAUAUUACAGUGCGGAUGGAGCAAGCCUUUGCCCGUCAUCUCCUGGCGACUCCGGAGGAUCAGGCAGCCGCCCUGUCCCUAGUAUAGAACGCCCAUCUGCCACCUCACCCUCUACUCCUCCCUGUCCUUGAAAUAGACUCGCCACUGUUGCCUCCCUCUGUGACACCUCUCAGCGUUGUCUGUCAUCCUUAUGUCCCUGAACUCCUUUCUGGUGCCCUGACUGGUGAAGAGCACAAGGAUAAUUUUAUCCUUUUUUUUUUUUUUUUCAAAAUUUGAGCUAUACUCUUUUCAUCUCUAAGAAAUUGGUAUAUUCCAAAUGGUGGGAACUUGGGCCAUUUUCUCUUCCCACAAACCUCAACUCUAAAGGCAAGCACUUUAUAUUUUCUUCUUGGACCUAAAAUAAAAUUUUAUUGAAAGAGGAA